AAAAGUAAAAAAGAGAUAAUGAAAACUUAAUUAAACUCCAUGAAUAUAAAAAAAUAUAUAAAAAACAAAUCUGUAUAGAAGAAAUCUAAAAACACAGUAUAUAUUAUUUAAAUUUAAACUAAAAAAUGACCAAUAUAGAAAUCGUUAUUUUAUGCAAAAAGCACAUUCCUUACCCAAAACAUGAGGACUUAUUAAUUUUAAUGAAUUUUUUAAAUACGAAAAUAAAACCAAAUAUAAAAAAUAAGAAAAUAAAGACUUUACUUUCUUUACUUAGUAGUGGAUGUUAUUUACAUGAUUUUUUCCAAUAAUAAAUUUUAAAAGUAAAUUCUUAAAUAAAUAUAGCGGAAGAAUAAAAUGAAAAAAGUGAAUAUAUAAUAUCUUUAUUAGAAAAAAAAAGGAAAUUCUUUAAUAAAUAAAUUACGUAGAAGAGUUUGUUUGGUAUAUUUUUGAUUAAAUUAACAUUAAAAUUAAUUACAAAACGUUCAUUUUGUGUACUUUGA